AACCAUUUAAAAUCAGUAAUUGUAUUAAUGAAACAACUGUGAAACAUUACAUUAGAUAUCAAAGUUUGUGCACGGUCAAACAUUUGAUGAAGAAGCAGCAGCAGGUACCAGCAGCAGUAUUAAUUUAAACCCAGUUGGCAGCGCCUAGAGCCUGGAUCUUACGCUCUUUACGAAGCCACGAGACGAACGAAUAUUUUCAAGAAUAGAAGACAAGCAAACGAAAUAACGAUAUGGAGAAUUUUACACCGAAGGAGGUGAAAAUCCUCGAGACCGUCGAGGACAUCCAGGAGCGUCGUGAGCAGGUUCUCUCGCGCUACAACGAGUUCAAGAUCGAGACCCGUCAGAAGCGCGAGAAGCUCGAGGAUUCGCGGCGCUUUCAGUACUUUAAGCGCGAUGCCGACGAGCUGGAGUCCUGGAUCCAUGAGAAGCUGCAAGCGGCCAGCGAGGAGAGCUAUCGCGAUCCCACCAAUCUGCAGGCCAAGAUCCAGAAGCAUCAGGCGUUCGAGGCCGAGGUCUCGGCGCAUAGCAAUGCCAUCGUGUCGCUGGACAACACCGGCCAGGAGAUGAUCAAUCAGCAGCACUUUGCCUCCGAGACUAUUCAGCGGCGACUGGAUGAGCUCCAUCAGCUGUGGGAGCUGCUGCUCAGCCGCCUGGCUGAGAAGGGUCUGAAGCUGCAGCAGGCGCUGGUUCUAGUGCAGUUCCUGCGCCAGUGCGAGGAGGUCAUGUUCUGGAUCAAAGACAAGGAGACCUUUGUUACGGCCGAUGAGUUCGGCCAGGAUCUGGAGCACGUGGAGGUCUUGCAGCGUAAGUUCGACGAAUUCCAGAAGGACAUGGCCUCGCAGGAGUACCGUGUAACCGAAGUGAACCAGCUGGCCGACAAACUCAUCCAGGAUGGCCACCCCGAGCGCGACACCAUCACCAAGCGCAAGGAGGAGCUCAACGAGGCCUGGCAGCGGCUCAAGCAGCUGGCCAUCGUGCGCCAGGAGAAGCUCUUCGGUGCCCACGAGAUCCAGCGCUUCAACCGAGAUGCCGAUGAGACUGUCGCCUGGAUCGCUGAGAAGGAUGUGGUCCUCUCCUCCGACGACUAUGGCCGCGACUUGGCCAGCGUUCAGGCCCUGCAGCGCAAGCACGAGGGCGUAGAGCGCGAUCUGGCUGCCCUCGAGGACAAGGUGUCAACACUGGGCGCUGAGGCCCAGCGUCUGUGCUCCAUCCAUGCGGAUCACAGCGAUCAGAUCCGCGACAAGCAAUCGGAGAUCGCCAACUACUGGCAGAGUCUGACUGCCAAGGCCCGCGAACGCAAGCAGAAGCUAGACGAGUCCUACUAUCUGCAUCGCUUCCUCGCCGAUUUCCGCGACCUGGUGUCGUGGAUCAACGGCAUGAAGGCCAUUAUCUCGGCCGAUGAACUGGCCAAGGAUGUGGCUGGGGCCGAGGCCCUGCUGGAGCGUCACCAAGAGCACAAGGGCGAAAUCGAUGCCCGCGAGGACAGCUUCAAGCUAACCACCGAGUCCGGCCAAAAGCUGCUGGAGCGCGAGCACUACGCCGCCGCCGAGAUCCAAGAGAAGCUGGGCGCACUGGAGAACGACAAGAGCUCGCUGCUGUCCCUGUGGGAGGAUCGCCGCAUCCUGUACGAGCAGUGCAUGGAUCUGCAGCUCUUCUACCGCGACACCGAGCAGGCAGACACCUGGAUGGCCAAGCAGGAGGCAUUCCUGGCCAAUGAGGAUCUGGGCGACUCGCUCGACUCGGUGGAGGCUCUGAUCAAGAAGCAUGAGGACUUUGAAAAGAGUCUGGCCGCCCAAGAGGAAAAGAUCAAGGCCCUGGACAUUUUCGCCACCAAGCUGAUCGAUGGCCAGCACUAUGCUGCCGACGAUGUGGCCCAGCGUCGCCAGAUGCUGUUGGCCCGCCGUGCCGCCCUCCAGGAAAAGUCGGCAAAGAGGCGCCAGCUGCUGGAGGACUCGAACAGAUACCAGCAAUUCGAGCGGGACUGCGACGAGACCAAGGGCUGGAUCAGCGAGAAGCUGAAGUUUGCCACAGACGACAGCUACCUGGACCCCACCAAUCUGAACGGAAAGAUGCAGAAGCAUCAGAAUUUCGAGCACGAGCUGAACGCCAACAAGUCGCGCAUCGAGGACAUCACCAAUGUGGGCACGGAACUGAUCGAGAAGCAGCACUAUGCCGCCGAUCAGAUCAACACGCGCAUGCAGGAGAUUGUGGUGCUCUGGGAGACGCUCGUUCAGGCCUCCGACAAGAAGGGAUGCAAGUUGAACGAGGCCUGCCAGCAGCAGCAGUUCAAUCGAACCAUCGAGGACAUUGAGCUCUGGCUGAGCGAGAUCGAGGGCCAGCUGCUGUCGGAGGAUCACGGCAAGGACCUAACCUCUGUGCAGAAUCUCCAGAAGAAGCACGCCCUCCUCGAGGCCGAUGUCAUGGCUCAUCAGGAUCGCAUAGAAAGCAUCAAGGUGGCUGCCAAUAAGUUUAUCGAAUCCGGGCACUUUGAUGCAGACAAUAUCCGCAACAAGGAGGGCAACCUGUCGGCCCGCUAUGCUGCCCUCGCCGCGCCCAUGAGCGAGCGCAAGCAGCAUUUGUCGGACUCGCUGCACGUGCAGCAGCUGUUCCGUGACCUGGAGGACGAGGCGGCCUGGAUAAGGGAGAAGGAGCCCAUCGCCGCCUCAACCAAUCGGGGACGCGAUCUGAUUGGAGUGCAGAACCUGAUCAAGAAGCAUCAGGCCGUGCUCGCGGAGAUUAACAACCACGAGGCCAGGCUGCUGAAUGUUAUCAGUUCGGGCGAUAAUAUGCUGAAAGACCAGCCGUUCGCAAGCGACGACAUCCGGCAGCGAUUGGAGGCCCUGCAGGAGCAGUGGAACAACCUCAAGGAGAGGUCCAAUCAGCGCAAGCAGGAUCUCGAUGACUCGCUGCAGGCCCAUCAAUACUUUGCGGAUGCCAACGAGGCCGAGUCGUGGAUGCGCGAGAAGGAGCCGAUCGCCACCGGCAGCGAUUACGGCAAGGAUGAGGACUCUUCGGAGGCGCUGCUGAAGAAACACGAGGCGCUUGUCUCCGAUCUGGAGGCCUUCGGCAACACCAUCCAGGCCCUGCAGGAGCAGGCCAAGAACUGUCGCCAGCAGGAGACACCCGUGGUGGAUAUCACUGGCAAAGAGUGCGUCGUGGCCCUCUACGACUACACGGAGAAGUCACCCCGCGAGGUGUCCAUGAAGAAGGGCGAUGUCCUCACUCUCCUGAACUCAAACAACAAGGACUGGUGGAAGGUGGAGGUCAACGAUCGACAGGGCUUCGUCCCAGCUGCCUACAUCAAGAAGAUCGAGGCCGGGCUCAGUGCCUCGCAGCAGAACCUUGUGGACAAUCAUUCGAUUGCCAAGCGCCAGAACCAGAUCAACUCGCAGUACGACAAUCUGCUGGCCCUGGCUCGCGAGCGCCAGAACAAGCUGAACGAGACGGUGAAGGCGUACGUGCUGGUGCGCGAGGCUGCCGAUCUGGCGCAGUGGAUCCGCGACAAGGAGAACCAUGCCCAGAUCGCAGAUGUGGUCGGUGAGGAUCUGGAGGAGGUGGAGGUGCUACAGAAGAAGUUCGACGACUUCAAUGACGACCUGAAGGCCAACGAAGUGCGUCUGGCCAACAUGAACGAAAUCGCCGUCCAAUUGACGUCGCUAGGACAGACGGAGGCCGCCCUCAAGAUCCAGACCCAGAUGCAGGAUCUAAACGAGAAGUGGAACAACCUGCAGACGCUCACCACCGAAAAGGCCAGCCAGCUGGGCUCCGCCCACGAGGUGCAGCGCUUCCAUCGCGACAUUGACGAGACCAAGGACUGGAUCGCCGAGAAGGCCAAUGCCCUGAACAAUGACGAUCUGGGCAAGGAUCUGCGUAGCGUGCAGACACUCCAGCGCAAGCACGAGGGCGUUGAGCGUGAUCUCGCCGCACUGCGCGACAAGAUCCGUCAGCUGGACGAGACGGCCAACCGUUUGAUGCAAUCUCAUCCGGACACCGCCGAACAGACGUAUGCCAAGCAGAAGGAGAUCAACGAGAUGUGGGACCAGAUCAUCACCAAGUCCACCGCCCGCAAGGAGAAGCUGCUCGACUCGUACGACCUGCAGCGCUUCCUCAGCGACUAUCGCGAUCUGCUCGCCUGGAUCAACUCGAUGAUGAGCCUGGUCACCUCCGAUGAGCUGGCCAAUGAUGUCACCGGCGCUGAGGCGCUCAUUGAACGUCAUCAGGCACAACGUGCUGAGAUUGAGUUCACUCUGGGCAGCUCCGUCCCUGCAGUUACAGGCACAGCCACAGCCACUGGGGCUUCGACCGCAAGCAUCGCAUCACCCGCAUCUGGCGACGAGGAACACCGAACGGAGAUCGAUGCUCGCGCUGGAACCUUUGGGGCCUUCGAGCAGUUUGGCAACGAGUUGCUGCAGGCCAACCAUUACGCCUCGCCGGAGAUCAAGGAGCAGAUCGAGGAUCUGGCCAAGGCCAGGGAGGAUCUGGAGAAGGCCUGGACCGAGCGCCGUCUGCAGCUGGAGCAGAACUUGGAUCUGCAGCUGUACAUGCGAGACUGCGAGCUGGCCGAGUCCUGGAUGUCGGCCCGCGAGGCCUUCCUCAAUGCGGACGAUGAUGCCAAUGCCGGCGGCAAUGUGGAGGCGCUGAUCAAGAAGCACGAGGACUUUGACAAGGCAAUCAACGGGCACGAGCAGAAGAUAGCCGCCCUACAGACGGUGGCCGAUCAGUUGAUCGCCCAGAACCACUACGCCUCCACUGCGGUGGACGAGAAGCGCAAGCAGGUGCUGGAGCGCUGGCGCCACCUCAAGGAAGGUCUCAUCGAGAAGCGCUCCCGCCUGGGCGAUGAGCAGACGCUGCAGCAGUUCUCGCGCGAUGCCGACGAGAUCGAGAACUGGAUUGCCGAGAAGCUGCAGCUGGCCACCGAGGAGAGCUACAAGGAUCCGGCCAACAUCCAGUCGAAACAUCAGAAGCAUCAGGCCUUCGAGGCAGAGCUGGCGGCCAAUGCUGAUCGCAUACAGAGCGUGCUGGCGAUGGGCGGCAAUCUGAUUGACAAGAAACAGUGCAGCGGCUCGGAGGAUGCGGUGCAGAAGCGGCUGACACAGAUCGCCGAUCAGUGGGAAUACCUGACGCACAAGACGACUGAGAAGUCGCUGAAGCUGAAGGAGGCCAACAAGCAGCGCACUUAUAUCGCUGCUGUCAAGGAUUUGGACUUCUGGUUGGGCGAAGUCGAGAGUCUGUUGACCACUGAGGAUUCUGGUAAGGAUUUGGCCUCUGUCCAAAACCUCAUGAAGAAGCAUCAGUUGGUCGAGGCGGAUAUCGUGGCGCACGAAGACCGCAUCAAGGACAUGAACAACCAGGCCGAUUCCUUGGUCGAGAGCGGUCAGUUUGACACUGCUGGCAUCCAGGAGAAGCGUCAGAGCAUCAAUGAGCGAUACGAGCGCAUUUGCAACUUGGCCGCCCACCGUCAGGCCCGCCUCAACGAGGCUCUCACCCUGCACCAAUUCUUCCGCGACAUUGCCGACGAGGAGAGCUGGAUUAAGGAGAAGAAGCUGCUCGUCGGCUCCGAUGACUACGGUCGCGAUUUGACCGGUGUCCAGAACCUCAAGAAGAAGCACAAGCGUCUCGAGGCCGAGCUGGCGAGCCACGAGCCAGCUAUCCAGGCUGUCCAGGAGGCCGGCGAGAAGUUGAUGGACGUCUCCAAUUUGGGAGUUCCCGAAAUCGAGCAGCGUCUAAAGGCCCUCAAUCAGGCCUGGGCCGAGCUCAAGAAUCUGGCUGCCACGCGUGGCCAGAAGCUUGAUGAGUCGCUGACCUAUCAGCAGUUCUUGGCCCAGGUCGAGGAGGAGGAGGCCUGGAUCACCGAGAAGCAGCAGCUGCUCUCCGUGGAGGACUACGGUGACUCUAUGGCCGCUGUCCAGGGUCUGCUGAAGAAGCACGAUGCCUUUGAGACGGACUUCACGGCGCACAAGGACCGCUGCUCGCUGAUCUGCGACCAGGGCAGCGAGCUGGUGGAGGCCAAGAACCACCACGGUGACUCCAUUGCCCAGCGCUGCCAGCAGCUGCGCAACAAGCUGGAGAACCUCAAUGCCCUGGCUGCCCGUCGCAAGGGAGCCCUGCUGGACAACUCCGCCUAUCUGCAGUUCAUGUGGAAGGCCGAUGUGGUUGAGAGCUGGAUUGAUGACAAGGAGAACUAUGUGCGAUCCGAUGAGUUUGGACGUGAUCUGUCCACGGUGCAAACGCUGUUGACCAAACAAGAGACAUUUGACGCAGGUCUCAAUGCCUUCGAACAGGAGGGCAUCCACAACAUCACGGCACUGAAGGACCAACUCAUCAAUGCUAGUCACGCCCAAUCGCCGGCCAUACUGAAGCGUCACGGGGAUGUGAUCGCCCGCUGGCAGAGUCUGCGCGACGCCUCCGAUACGCGCAAGCAGCGGCUGUUGGCCAUGCAGGAGCAGUUCCGCCAAAUCGAGGAACUCUACUUGACAUUUGCCAAGAAAGCUUCGGCCUUCAAUUCUUGGUUCGAAAAUGCCGAAGAGGAUCUCACAGAUCCUGUUCGCUGCAAUUCGAUCGAAGAAAUACGCGCGUUGCGCGACGCCCACGCACAAUUCCAAGCGUCUCUGUCCUCGGCCGAAGCUGACUUUAAGGCAUUGGCAGCACUCGACCAGAAGAUCAAGAGCUUUAAUGUUGGACCGAAUCCAUACACUUGGUUCACCAUGGAAGCUCUUGAGGAGACCUGGCGUAAUCUGCAAAAGAUCAUAGAGGAACGCGAUGGGGAACUUGCCAAGGAGGCCAAGCGCCAGGAGGAGAACGACAAGCUGCGAAAGGAGUUUGCCAAGCAUGCCAAUCUCUUCCACCAAUGGCUGACAGAAACAAGAUAUUAUAUGCUGGGUUAUAACCGUCAAGGAACAUCGAUGAUGGAAGGCUCCGGUUCCCUGGAACAGCAACUGGAUGCGCUUCGCGUCAAGGCCACAGAGGUGCGAGCCCGUCGCGUCGAUCUGAAGAAGAUCGAGGAGCUGGGCGCUCUGCUCGAGGAACAUCUGAUCUUGGACAAUCGCUACACGGAACAUUCGACUGUCGGUCUGGCCCAGCAAUGGGAUCAAUUGGAUCAGCUGUCGAUGCGAAUGCAGCAUAACUUGGAGCAACAGAUCCAGGCACGCAAUCACUCUGGUGUCUCCGAGGACUCACUCAAGGAGUUCUCGAUGAUGUUCAAGCACUUCGACAAGGACAAGAGCGGAAAGCUAAACCACCAGGAGUUCAAGUCAUGCCUGCGCGCCCUCGGCUACGAUUUGCCUAUGGUUGAGGAGGGACAACCCGACCCAGAGUUCGAGGCCAUUCUCGAUGUGGUCGAUCCCAACCGCGACGGCUACGUUUCCCUGCAGGAGUACAUUGCGUUUAUGAUUUCCAAGGAAACCGAGAAUGUGCAAUCCUAUGAAGAAAUCGAGAAUGCCUUCCGCGCUAUCACUGCCGCUGACCGCCCCUACGUCACCAAGGAGGAGCUCUACUGCAACCUCACCAAGGACAUGGCGGACUAUUGUGUGCAACGGAUGAAGCCCUUCUCGGAACCGCGCUCCGGCCAGCCCAUCAAGGAUGCUCUGGACUAUAUCGAUUUCACGCGAACGCUAUUCCAGAACUAGAGGGCUUUCGGUCUUGUUCAGUGGCGCCUGAGAAUAUGUCUUACAAUCUAAAACAAAACAAAACAAAAUUAUAUAUUUACACAAUUUUUUGUCAAUAUUUUUAGUCUCUAAGUCGAAACAAUUUAAAGCUUAUUUUAGAAAUUAUGCCACAAUGAACCUAAAAUCAACAGUAAUAGCACCCUGCAAUACAUACAUACAUAUUUAUCAAAAUGACUAUAAA